UGGGCGCGUCUAGAUCGUAUAUUCGUUACUAGUGCGCUCUAAUGUAGGUCACAGCUGGUUCUCAUGUGUUCAUUUAUUUAUCAUAGUUUGGCACUACUCGUAACAAUGUCAUCUCUAUUGGAAAGGAUAUCAUCAUGUGAGCUUGACAAUGGUACAUUAUGCCCAACUGAAGACCUUAACGAAGACAACGCCACGAGUAAUAACCCUAAUAAGAAACCAGCUUCGGCAUCUUGUAAUCCAAUAUUAAAUACAAUACAAAAGUUGGAUGAUAUUGGGCAAAAAAUACUAGAAGUAAUAGACCCUUUGAAUAUAUUGUCCGCACCUUUAACAGCACUUCAGAAUUUAGGUUAUGAAGAUGUCUCGAGUACUGGAAGUAAAACUGGAAAUAUAGGAGGGCCAGGUUCAACAGAAUCGAAACCAGGAGUUAAAAAAGGAACAAGGGAUCCAUCAAAGUAUCAGAUAAACAAUCCGUCAGACAAGCCAGAAACUGAUUUAGACAGUUCCAAUGCUCAAGUUCAAUCAUCUCAAAAACAGCCUGUAGAAGAAACAAUGCAUUUAGAAGCAUCUUCUGAUACAGGAACUUCAGCCUCUACUAAUCCAUUACCAACAGUACCAUCUUCUGCACCGUUUUCCUCUGCGUCAAAGGUUUCAUCUGUUGAUCCCUCUACGAGUCUAUCAGGUACUUCAGAUUCGUCAGCAGUAAUUCCUUCUUCAACAUCAUCACCUGCCACAUCACAAUCUCCUACUGAAUCAAUACCGGUCACUUCUCCUUCAACAAUAAAACCAGCAGAUUCUCCAUCAAAAUUAGAACCAGCAAAUUCUCCUCCAGAAGAAACACCAGCUAGUUCUUCCACAGAACCGACACCAGCAAAAUCUCCUGCUGAGACGAAACCAAACGGUUCUUCUUCAGAGACAAAACCAAGCGAUUCUCCUGCAGAAUCAAUAAUUGCAAAUUCUCCCCCAGAAUCCAAACCAGCUAGUUCUCCCAAAGAACCAACACCAGCUAGUUCUUCUACACAGUCAACACCAGCCAAACCUCCUGCUGAGACAAAACCAAAAGAUUCUUCUGCACAAUCAAAACCAAGCGAUUCUCCUGCAGAAUCAACAAUAGCAAAUUCGCCCUCAGAAUCCAAACCAGCUAGUUCUCCCAAAGAAUCAACACCAGCUAGUUCUCCUACACAAUCAACACCAGCAAAAUCUCCUGCUGAAACAAAACCAAAAGAUUCUCCUGCACAAUUAAAACCAAGCGAUUCUCCUGCAGAAGCAACAAUAGCAAAUUCUCCCCCAGAAUCCAAACCAGCUAGUUCUCCCAAAGAAUCAACACCAGCCAAAUCUCCUGCUGAGACAAAACCAAACGGUUCUUCUUCAGAGACAAAACCAACCGAUUCUGCUGUAGAUGUAACACCUACAGGCUCAACAUCAAAUACUCCCUCAACACCAGUAUCUACACCCAAAACAAACUCUGAACCAUCUAAAUCAGAGAACUCAACUACUGAAUCUAAAAACUCCCCUGCAGAAUCUUCACAGGCAGCGCCUACAAAGUCUUCUACUCCAGAAUCCCCUGCCAAACAAUUGUCUUCUACAGGAAGCUCUUCGCCUUCUAAGGAGUCUACUUCGCCUGCAGAGUCUUCAAUUAAAACACCUGCCCCGAAAUAAAACGUUUUAGUUCAAAGCUUCACAGAUAAACGAGCAAGACAGUGGAGACAAUAAUAGGGUAGUGAAGGGUCCUGAAAGUAGUGUAAGGCUUAUUGGCUUAAAGUGCUGCCAUUGAGUGAUUAACAUGCAACCGGGUACGUUCGUUUGUGGUGUAUUCGACAAUCCCUCUUUUGUGAUUAUUGAUAUUAUGGUAUGACUUGAUACUUGUGAAAACCAUUCAACAUAAUCACGUGAAAAGGUAAUAUUAACAUAAUUAAUUAAGCUAAAUUUUUGGUAGUUUUGCAUGGUAGAGGUUAGCUGUAAGAAAGGACCAUAGAGUCAUAAG